UUGUUUAUUAAGUGUCGUCGUUUUCGUUUCCUUGCAUCAAGAGCAGAAAUAGAACUACUUGUCAACUUUUGAAGUACUGUGAUAUCAUUAGUGUCUUUAUAUUUGACGAUCAAUAAAGUCUAACUUAUAACUUAAAAUAACUGAUUACAAAAAUGUUUAGCUGGUUAAAUAAAGACGAAAGUCGGCGAAAAGAACCUGAACUGUACAGUACCGUUGUGGAUGGUUUGCGAAAAAUUUAUAAAUCUAAAAUAUUGCCUCUUGAAGAGCAGUAUUUAUUUCAUGAAUUCCAUUCUCCGCCUCUGGACGAUCCAGAUUUUGAUGCAAAACCGAUGAUACUGCUCGUCGGUCAGUACUCUACAGGAAAGACGACAUUUAUCCGGUACUUAUUAGAAAAAGACUUUCCUGGCAUCAGAAUCGGACCCGAACCAACAACGGAUCGCUUUAUUGCUGUUAUGCAUGGUAAUCAAGAAACUGUCAUUCCUGGUAAUGCUCUUGUAGUCGAUCCUAAAAAACAAUUCCGUCCGUUAGCCAAAUUUGGUAACGCUUUUCUCAAUAGAUUACAAUGUUCUUUAGUCAACUGUGAUGUUUUGGAAAGCAUUACAAUAGUUGACACUCCAGGUAUCCUAUCAGGUGAAAAACAAAGAGUAGAUAGAGGUUAUGAUUUUGCUGGUGUUUUAGAAUGGUUUGCAGAAAGAGUGGAUAGAAUCAUACUUCUGUUUGAUGCUCAUAAAUUGGAUAUCUCUGAUGAAUUUCGAAGGAGCAUUGAAGCACUUAGAGGACAUGAUGAUAAAAUCAGGAUCGUGUUGAAUAAAGCUGAUAUGAUUGAUCAUCAACAGUUGAUGCGUGUAUAUGGUGCCUUGAUGUGGUCACUGGGUAAAGUAUUGAAUACUCCAGAAGUUGCAAGAGUGUAUUUAGGAUCAUUUUGGGAUCAGCCUUUGAGGUAUGAUUACAAUCGAAAACUUUUUGAGGCUGAAGAGCAAGACCUUUUUCAGGAUUUACAAAGUCUUCCCAGAAAUGCUGCUUUAAGAAAGCUUAAUGAUUUGAUAAAAAGAGCAAGACUUGCAAAGGUCCACGCUUACAUUAUCAGUUCUCUACGUAAUAAUAUGCCCUCAAUGUUCGGUAAGGACAGUAAAAAGAAGGAACUUAUCAAAAACUUGCGGAAUAUUUAUGAAGAGAUUCAGCGAGAACACCACCUACCUCCUGGUGACUUCCCGGACAUUCGAGAUAUGCAAGAAAAGCUGCUCACCAUGGACUUCGCAAAAUUUCAACCUUUGAAGCCAAGAUUGCUGGAGACAGUGGAUAAAAUGCUGGCUGAAGACAUUGCUCGUCUAAUGGCCCAGAUUCCUCAAGAGCAGCGUCUACAAACAAAUGAUGAGUCCCACGUCAGAGGAGGUGCUUUCGAUGGCGUUGAAUCGAGUCCUUUUACAUAUGGGAGAGGCGAGGGCGUGGAUGCUGGAUCUAUGGAUCCAGAAUGGAUCGUUGGGAAAGAACGGUACAAGUAUGAUGAUCUCUUCCACAGCUUGAAUCCUGUUGAUGGCAAAAUAACGGGUGCCAGUGCCAAAGCAGAAAUGGUGAAAUCGAAAUUACCAAAUAGUGUUCUAGGUAAAGUGUGGAAAUUAUCAGACUUGGACAAGGAUGGCAUGUUAGAUUCAGACGAGUUUGCUUUAGCUAUGCACCUCAUUAGUGUUAAAUUAAACGGACACGAUUUGCCACUCGAAUUGCCCGACCAUUUGGUGCCUCCUUCUAAAAAGAUGUUUGUCCGUUAAUAAUUUCUACCCCUAUCAUCAAUUCACAGUGGCUUUCAAGCCCAUUUUUUCCUUUACUAUCACCUAUGAAAUGAUUAAAAUAAAUGGGGUUUUUUCCCGCAAGAAUUCACGUGACUUGCGGAAUUACAUCGAAUAUAAAGAAAAACUGGAUUUGGAAUUGUGAGAUACAAAACAGUUCAUGGUUCAAAACUUAUCUCAUGAUUUAGUAAAAUAUUAACCAUUGUUGUCAGCCUCAGUAUUUAUGUUAGUUUUACUUUCGAUACUUUAUUUUUUUGUUGGAUUUUGUUCAUAAUUUUAAUUUUUAAACUUCUAAGUUUUCACUGUGAAAGCAAGAUUAAGAUUUGCACCAUGUGUAACGCACGUUUCUUUUGUAUAAUUUUCUAAAUUUUAACAAAAUUAACAGCUUUUCAUGAUUAUUUAUUAGUUAUCACUUUUUUUAAAAAAAAUUUACAGGUUUGAGCUUUCUGUGUGCCUAAUUCAUGGUGCUAAAAAUUAAAGCUUUAUGUCAAUAUAUGCUAUCAAUUAAAAUAUCUUUAGCAAUAGUGCAUAAGCGAUUGUUUUGUUCUCGAACUAAACGGUUUUAUUUUUAAAAAUAAAAUUGGACUUAAUGUACUAAUUUUAAAAUUUUACUAGCUCAUUUGCAUACUUUACGUACUUAUUUUUUAUAACAAUAUAACUUGCGUACUUAUCAAUCUUUAACUUACAAAUGAUGUUUUGCUCAGUUUAAAAUAAUUCUGCCGAUGCAGUAAGUAUCAACUCAUUUUCUUUGAGAAAAUUGAAAAGGUUAUGCUUUUACCACUUUUGGGGACCAAUAUUUUACCUGCUUAUGCCCAUAUUUCUAUGAUACUUCCCCGUAAUCUUUGCCAUUUUCAUUGCAUUUGUGUAAGUUCUGAUCUUUGCUAUGUUUUGGGAUGCAUUCGAAGCUAUUUAUUUUAAGAUUUGAGUUCAAGCUUACAAGCACUUGUAUACUUUUUGAAACUAUUUAUUCAAACAUUUGUGCAAAGAAAAAUGGUCGACUUGCAUUUGGUACAUACAUUUAUAUUAAACACUUCACAAAUAUUUAUAAGCAUAGUUUUAAAAAUCAUUAUUAUAUUUUUAUGUUUUAUUCUUUAUAAGAGCUUAUGUAUUAUUUUUACAAUUCCAUGUACUUGCUGUUUAGAAUUAUAGCAAUGUAUUUGUAUUGUAAGUUAUUUCUGAACGUUGUAUCUUUUUUUCUUCUUUAACCGGCAAUUUAAUUGACAUUUUAAAUAGUUUAAUAAACUGUUGUAUAAAGUG